AUGAUUUAUUAUGACUUUCGCUGUGGCCUUACUCAACAACAAAGCUAUGAUAGGCUGAGAUUAGCAAUUCUUAAUGAAGCCCGAUCUUGUGCCAUUAUUUUUAAUUGGUUUAACGAGUUUAAGCGUGGACGUAGCAAUCUCAAUGACUAUCCGCGUGAGGGACGUCCUUUAAUAGCGACUACUGAAGGUAACAUAAGUGCUGUGCGACGCAUGAUAGGGGAAGAUAAGAGAGUGACCUAUCACCAGAUAUGGGCAAGCCUAGGCAUUACUAUGAGUCAAGUAAAAGAAAUAUCACAUGAACAUUCAGGCCUCAGGAAGCUUUGUACCAGAUGGAUUCCCCAUACUUUAACCGACUACCAGAAACACCUUCGCAUUGAUAGGUGUUGCCAAAUGUCAGAUAAGUUCAACGGUGGUGACUCAAAUGCUGUAUUUGAAAUCGUCAUAGGUGUUGAAAGCUGGAUAUAUUGCUACGAACCCGAAACCAAAAGACAACCAGCUCAAAGAUGGAAGGACAAUUACUGCAGGCUGGUAUGUCAAUCGUCUUUUGCUUGUUGUUUAGGAAAAAAUUUACAGCAGCGCCCUCGAAGCUGGGUCCUCCUCCACCACGACAAUGCUGUAGCUCACUCCACAAAAUGGACUAUUGAAUAUUUGACUAUGGCAGGUAUCGAGAUAAUGAGUCACCCGCCAUACAACCGUGACCUGGCACCCUCGGGCUUUUAUUUAUCCUCAAGAAUUAAAGAUAAAAUUCGAGACGUUCGCUUUAUGAGCCCUGUAGAUGCGGUGAAAACGUAUGAAAAUGCCAUAGAAGAGAUCCCUGAGGAAGGGUGGGCCCACUGCUUUUCACAGUGGUUCAAUCGAAUGCGACUAUGUGUAGAGAGGAACGGAGAUUACUUAGAAAAACCAUAA